UAAAACCAUCUGUCAUCGUUUCAACAAGCGGCUCAAGGUGGUGGUGUUCCCCAAAUACUCUGUCUAUCAGCCGCGAUCCGCAGUUCUGUUUGGUUGUUCCAAUAAAAAACACACCUGCGAACAGAAGAGCUAGCUUCCUUUUGAAAUAAUAAUAAAUAAAGAUACCUCGAGUUUUAAUGGAUCGGUGGAUCUUGGGUCUUUUGGUUCUCCUUACCGCGGCUCUUGCUCAAAUGGCGGAGCCCCAGAAGGAAUUAUCUAACGUAACCAGCAGUCCUCUGGAAGAGGAAGCCAGUCCAAAGCUACCCAGCGAGGUUCAGAAGGCUGUAUGCACUGUGACUGCUGGCGAGGUAAAGGCUUCCGCAGAGGCCGUCACCACAAAGACUUUAAAGGGAGUGUGCGGAUCAGACGAAAUGAACCUGGCCUUUCGUAAUCUGGAAAGCAAGCUGUACGAGGAGCUUAGGGUCAUGAAAUUGAUCUUGGUACAUUUGGCCAAGUCAAGUGGUUUGAAAGUAAAUACAGCUCUUCCAACCCCCGUGCCCGAGUCACCGCGACAGACGAAUCCCUCCCCGCUGCCCUUCUUCAGGCCAAUAGAGCCAGCUCCCGGUAGGUUACCAGCCGACGAGGAGAACGAAGUGACGCCUGAUCUGGAUACUAGAAAGGUGCCUAUGCUUAAGGACUUGGAGACACCGGGCCACUCCGAUCAGGGUGCUCGAGAUGACGAGGUCGAUAAGUUCAACAACACCAUGUUGGCCGACCACGACGUGAAGCUGUUCACCUACUAUUGGAAGCUGGAGAACGUUACGGAGCGUAUCAAUGCCCCCAAGUUGGACACCGUCACAAGUCCCAUAUUUAGCAUUAAGGGGAAAUCCCUGCAACUCAAGUGCACCUUCCACCACAUGAAUCGCGAACUGUUGAAUCUGCAACUGGGUCACGGCGUAUUUUCUCCGGAAGCCAACGAUAUAAUGCUUGAAAUGGGCGGAAUCUUCCAGAAGUUCAAGUGGUCAGAGGAUGUGCUGCUCAAGCAUAAGAUUUCCAUACUGGAUCAGAGCCACAGCCACCGAAGGUCGCAGGAUCUCAGUUCCCAGGAGCUCACGAAACUGGACACGGGCUUCUCCAUACCGAACAGCGUGCUCCUGGACAGCAGCACGUACAUCAAGCAGGACGCUCUCCUCAUACAGAUUCUUUUAUAUUUGUGA